GAGCGAAAUGCUUCAGCUUCCGGCCACAAACCUUUCCGAAACUAUUGAAUGCCAUGCAUGAUUGAUCCUCCUCGUAGUCUCCGGCUCGAUGCCGAACGCCUCUUAGACAAGAUGCCGGCAGAUACCCGGGAAAUGCCCGCGCCCGGCACGUGACCGCCUUACUUGGCGAGGUUUCCCGGACGGCGUCGAUGAGCACUUCGAUUCCCCAUAGAUAACUAUAGAUUGGGUUGAGACGACAGAUUGAAGCCUGGUAUAAUCCCUGCAGCAUGUUGUAUUCGCCAAGGAUAGCCCUAAGGGGUGUCUCACCCAUCCGGACCUUCUCAACAUCCCAAAGACUCUUCCGCCCCGAUCUUUCGUUUCAAGUGUUCGGUCCGGAAAGAGAGGAACCCGCCCGCAAUCCCAUUAUCUUCCUGCACGGCUUCUUUGGCUCGAAACAGAACAACAGAACUAUUAGUCGCGUUCUGGCACGUGACCUGAAGCGCCAGGUCUUUAUAGUGGAUCUCCGAAACCAUGGCCACUCCUUCCAUGACCCGAAACAUAACUAUUCCAUCAUGGCGGAUGAUGUGGUUGACUUUAUCCACCAGCACAACAUAAACCAAUGCGUCCUAAUAGGACACUCCAUGGGCGCCAAAACAGCCAUGACGGUUGCUCUCAAUUCCCCUGAUCUGGUCUCAGCGCUUAUCCCCGUCGACAAUGCCCCCGUGAACGCGCCCCUGCGGACCGAUUUCGGGAAAUACAUUCGGGGCAUGGAGCGCGUCGAAGCCGAGAAGGUGACCAAGCACUCGGAUGCCGAUAAAAUCCUUCAAGAAUACGAACAUUCACUCCCGAUCCGCCAAUUCCUCUUAACAAACCUUCUCCGAGCCCCCGGAGAUCAUGCGAUGAAAUUCCGUGUCCCGCUUUCCAUCCUGGGCGAUGCUAUCAAGGAGAUGGCGGAUUUUCCCUUCUCGGAGCCCGGCGCGGUCCGGUAUGAUGGGCCAACGCUUUUUGUUCGCGGGACGAAGAGUUCCUACGUGCCCGAUGAGACUAUCCCGGUGAUUAAGAAGUUCUUCCCGAAUUCACAGAUCGCCGAUGUAGAGGCUGGGCAUUGGCUGAUCUCGGAAAGCCCGGAAUCUUUUAGACAAGCUGUGGUUAAAUUUUUGCAGGAGACCCCAUAGAAUCAUGAUUACUAUUAUAGACUUGUUUGAUUGACAUUAUAAGUGUGUGCACCGUAAUGCAAUCUCCAAUAGAAAAGAAUAAAUGACAGCCUCGUGGCAUUCGUUACCAGACAGAGCCAACGUUCAAUAUUAAAAAUAAAACAAUGAACUUUUGAAGAGGGCCCAUCCCAGAAAGACGGAGAGAAGUUUGGAGUACUUUCAACCCCCCUUCUCUAGUCAGUUUAUAUCGGCGUCUCCGCUUGUAAUUCUUAUCCGCUUGUUAUUUUGGUUCCUGAUCGCGCAUGGGACCACAAUUUCUG